GCAUAAUCUAGUAGUUUGUUAGUAUUAUCUAGUUUGUCUGGGACCAUUGAGGCUUGGGCAAGGCUCUGGCUUGAUUUCAGCUUUCUUAGGAAGUCCUUAGAACUGAAAAAAAAAAUUAGCAAUCUAGUAUGUUAUGGUAAAAAUGGAAAAUUUGAGCUAUGGUUUGGCUCAUAGAGAGCAAUAUUUGAAGGCUAGUCCAUACACUACUCUGCAUUCCACUGUUAGAGGAGUGGGGAGAUGCAGCAGUCAAACCCAACAGUUCUUCAGACUUCAUUCUGAGUCUAAAGUACAGCAGCAGGAGAGGGUUCAUGAUAAAUCCAAGGCUACUCAAAAGCUUCCCAUGAAAGAACAGACUAAGCCAUUGGAUAUCAUGCUUCAUACCCAAAUGAGAGCAGCCAAGCGUGCAGGAUUCAAUAAUUUGGUUGCAGCUAAGAUGUAUAUCCAAGAACGACAGAAACAUCUAGCAGAGAGGGUGCAGAAGAUUAUAGAAGAAGAAGAGGUUCGGUCGUUGAGAAAGGAAAUGAUCCCAAGAGCCCAAUUAAUGCCUUUCUUCAAUAGGCCCUUCUUUCCUCAAAGGUCAACAAGGCCUCUGACUGUUCCUAAGGAACCGAGUUUUAUUCGUAUCCUGAACAGCAAAUGCUGCCCCCCUAGCAAUGAACUUGAUGGUUUCGAAAAACUCAGAAGCAAGCUAUGAAGCAUUCAUUAUAUUCUUCAAUGGCUGAGGAGCCAAGUUCUAGCAAUGUAGUCUUUAAUUUUCAAUUCUAUUACUUUCAUAGAUAGUUUUUGGGCAGUGGAAGAGAUGAUGACUGUUUCUUGAAUUCUCAAAUGUAGUAAUUUUGUAGACUUUUUUGGCAGUGGAGAAAGCUGAGUAUUGUAAUCCUAUGGAUUUAAGUAGUUGAUAUUUUCAGAAUAUAAUAAAAUUCAAAACCUGUUUUGAGU